AUGCAGCCAGUAGGCCAAGCCGUUGCUGACAUGAUCAGCGGCAUAAGCCAUGCCAGUGGCUUCUUAGGUGGAGCCAGUGCAGGCGUCAGGGAGUUGGUCCGCAGACUGGGAGUCAAGGGUUUGGACGCGGGCUUGGGGUGCGGCGUGGGCGUCGGCUACGGGUUCGGUGCGGGCCUCUUCCUCAAACCUUCCGUUGCCGAACAGCUAAGUCGGCUUGUGGAGGGCGCUGCAGGCAACAUGGUGCACUUCGGACAGGCCAGGUUGCAGGAAAUGGGGGUUCAGCUCCCUGGAGGCUCCCACCUGCUGCGAAACGCUUCUAACACCCUCCCACAGCCCAGGUACUUUGAGGGGGCAGCAGCAACUGGCCAGUCGCCAUUGCUCUCGCCGCAGGGCGCACCGCAACCUCCCGGAGGCGACAGCAACGCCGGAGGUGGCCGCGCCCCGGAUCUAACUUUGCCCCUGUCGCCGCAGUCCUCACCCUGGCCGGGAGCUGCAGCAGGCCCCCUGGGGCCCGCCUGGGACCCCGCCACGCAGCUAGACCCGUCACAGCAUCAACAGACGCUGCAAUCGCAUGGGUUUGUACAGCCCGUGUUGCAGAUGGAACUGGGAACAAGCGACAGGCUGCCGCACGCGCACCAAGAUGCUAUGCCACCAUCCACACAAGGCCCGGUCCACCACACCUCCAUCGCACCGCUUGUUUCCAGUAGCACUGGUGCCGGCAGGUGCACGGGGCCCUCCGGCCCGGCAAGAGAGCCCUCUGCGGAGGAGUUCCGGGCGCUGCUGCGACACGAGCGCCAGAUAGCGCGGCUCCGGGCUCAGAACCGCGCGCUGCGGAGUGCUGUGUGCAGGCUGGAUCGCAGGUACAACCCGGCAUUCAGUCGAAGACUCAUGGGCCCCUCACUAGCGGCGGCAUAG